UACUCCGAUUUUCGCAUAUCAUUUUCCAUGUAUCUUCCUUUCAGUUUUGUUCCUCCUUCCUUCUCCAUUUUGGUUUCACUCAGCAGCCUCCAUUAGGAUCGAAACGGCAAAACCCAAACAUUCCAAUCUGAAGUUUUAUGCUUGUAUGCUAGUGAGCUUUGGUUGUGGCGUUACUUUAUUCUGGGUUGACUGUUAUCCCCAGAUCUGAAACCUGGGCUUUUACCUAGGGUUUUCGCCUCUCUCUUGCUGUGGACUACUUCUCCAAGUUUUGGAUACACACUUUUCUUUUUUAUUUCUGAUCACGCGCUAUCUUGGGAGAGGGAUAUUAUAUAGCGGAUGGCGAGGGAGAAGAUCAAGAUCAAGAAAAUCGACAACGUGACGGCGAGGCAGGUGACUUUCUCCAAAAGAAGACGAGGGCUCUUCAAGAAAGCCUCGGAGCUUUCAGUUCUAUGUGAUGCUGAGGUUGGUCUCAUUGUCUUCUCUUCCACCGGCAAGCUCUUUGAAUACUCCAGCUCCAGCAUGAAGGACAUAAUUACAAGGUAUAAUAUGUACUCUCGUGACAUCAACAAACAUGACAAACCAUCUCUAGAACUGCAGAUAGAGAACGGCGAUAACUACAAAUUGGGCAAAGAAGUCGCCGAGAAAACACAGCAGCUAAGGCGCAUGAAAGGCGAAGAUCUUCAAGGACUAAACGUAGAAGAUUUGCUGCAACUGGAAAAAUUACUUGAAGCAGGACUUGGCCGCGUAAUUGAAACGAAGGAAAAUCGGAUUAUGAGUGAGAUCGCUGCACUUCAGAAAAAGGGGAUAGAGUUGGUGGAAGAGAACAAGCAGCUGAAGCAGCAGAUGGAGAUGUUGUGUAGAGGAAUAAUGCAAGUUCAGGCGGUGGAGUCAUCAGAUAUUGGGAUUCAAGAAGAAGGCGUCUCGUCGGAUUCCAUGACGAACGUUUACAGCUGCAACAGUGGCCCUCCUCUUGAUGAUGAUUCCUCGGACACUUCCCUCAAGUUAGGGUUGCCUUACUCCAACUGCAAAUAGGAAGCUGUGACUGCUAAUUACUUGGUCUAUAACUAUAAUAGCAAGGUUUUUCCCAGCUGGCUAUUAUAACCGUUGUUUUAGUAACAUAAACGAUAUGUGUGGGCGUUAGGUUUGUGAUUUAAUAUGAUUAACCUGUGCCUCGUCCUCUCCAUCUCCCAUGCAUCUAGCGGUCAUCCUUGCUUGACCAUUUGUGAUCCCACAAAUUAAGAGAAGUUGUCUCUCUGUAUUAUGGGAUAUAUAUAUAUAUAUAUA